GGUCCGGUCCGACCGGUUGGGCAGCAUAUUGGUUCGACCAUGCCAGACUACCAGAGGUCCAGAGCCCAAGCUGCCAACGGACCUGAACCGGUCGCGCUUCCUUCUUCCCCCAGUCCUCCUGCCCACCGUCCCCGUGCGGUGCGGCGGCGACAUGGCGGCGGCCGGCGACCUGUCCGACGAUGAGAAGCGGGCCAUGCGGGGCAGCAAGUUCGCGCCGCUUCCUCCGCCUCCCCCCUCAUCGCGCCCGCAGCCGAGGAUGGCCCAUCCUGGAGGACCACUAACUACAAACAAGGCUGCUGCUUUAGCAAAAUUCCUCGAGAGAAAACUUCAGCAGCCUGAUGGCUUGGACUCCCUGAACCCUGACCUUGUAAAACUGGCUGUGAAAAAUGCAAAGGAAACCAUAAAAGCUAGCAAUGGAGAGCCUUCAACUUCAGGAAGAGUUGUGCGGCAUGUUUCCUCAUUUGAGGAUGGAUCUGAGGAUUCUGAGGAUGAAGCAGAGGUGAAGGGGAUCAAAAGAAAAAGGAAAAAUAAGGCUAAAGCCCAUCAAGGUGAUGAACAACAGAGCAAGAAAAAGAAGAAAAAGAAAAAUAAAAAGAAAAAGGGCAAAGGUUGUUGAUGAUUCCAUGCCCCAGGAAGCAUCAAAGGGAAAUUUUGAACCAUGAUGUUUCUUUAACUAAACUUGCACUAGGAUGCUACAAGCAGACAAGCCUCGAUCUCAAAAGAAGGGUGGGUGGGGGAGGGAAUCAAUCAUCCCCCCUUUUCUUCGUUCCUGCCAUUCAAUUCAAAUUUACUGGUUUCAUCUGGACCCCUUAGCUCUGUAAACUUACUCUGCCUAUCACAUGAGCAUUGAGAGUAGUUCCAUUUAUUACUCUAAAGGGCAGGCUUAGCAAGGUUCCUUGCAUCUGUAUGCAAGAGGAUACAAUGAGACACACUUUACAUGGGAAUUAAUUUCUUCCAGGUUGUUACAAUCGAGUUUAGCAGUGUCUGUUGGCAAAUGCCAUGAAUGUCGUUGUAUGCUGCAUCGGUCCAAGUUUUUCCUAUGCAUGCUAAUCAUGGUUGCAGCUGA